AUGAGUAUUGACUCAGCAACAACCUCCUCUCCGGUAGAUUCCACCAUUAGUCACUCAAUAGACUCUUCACAUCUUUUAUAUGUCCAUCCAUCUAAUAAUCCAGGAAGUCUACUUGUACCAGUAACCUUCAAUGGAACUGGUUAUGUGUCUUGGAAGAAAAAUGUUCUUAUUGCACUUUCUGCAAAGAACAAGACCGGGUUGAUCGAUGGAAGAAUCUCCCAGUCAUCACAUGAUUCCCCUCUAUAUGACCAGUGGGUGAGAUGCAACAACAUGGUGUUUGCAUGGUUAAGUAAUUCUUUGUCUAAAGAUAUUGCUGAUAGUGUCUUACAUUGUGACACUGCAAGAGAGAUUUGGAGAGACAUAGAGGAAAUGUAUGGGCAGUCUAAUGCUAGUAGGUACUAUCAGAUUCAAAGAGAGAUUGUUGCUGUCUCUCAAGGAUCUUCUGAUAUUGCUAGUUACUACACCAAGCUUAGGAAGCUGUGGGAUGAGUUAAAAACUGCCUCUUUUGGUCCAUCUUGCAUAUGUGGGGCUGAGCCAUAA